AUGUCAUCAUCAACAGCAGAUAUAAUUGUUUCUGUUUCUCAACAAUAUACAAUCUGUGUUAGUUUUAUUAUUUUAUUUACUGGUAUUCUUGGACAUAUGUUGAAUAUCUUUGUAUUGACUCAUCUUAAAAUUUUCCAAGGAAAUCCAUCUGCUUUUUAUCUCAUCGUAGAAUCAAUUGUUAAUUUACUUCAAAUGAUGAUUUCAUUCACAUCUCGUAUUGCAAUCAAUGGAUUUGCUAAUGAUUUAACACAAACAUCAUUAGUUUGGUGUAAAUUAAGGCAAUUAUUUGUCCAAUAUUUUACUCUUGUUUCACUCACUAUAGUUUGUUGUUCUGCAAUCGAUCAAUAUUUAUCAACUAAUUAUUAUCCAUUUAUAAGACAAAUGAGUACAAUUAAAUUAGCUAAAGUUCUUACGAUUAUUACAAUGAUAACUUGGAUUCUACAUUGUAUACCAGUCAUAAUCUUCUUUGAAAUUCAAUCAACAUAUGGAUGUAAUAUAUAUAAUCAACAUUUUCUGAAUUAUAUUACAUAUGUUUAUUAUCUCAUACUGACUGGUACUUUACCGCUCAUUGUUUCGAUUUUCUUCAGUAUAUUAGCUUAUCGAAAUGUUCGUCGUAUUGUACGACAUCAGAUGCCAAUACGUCGACGAAAACUUGAUCAACAAUUAACAGCAAUGAUUAUUGUUCGCGUGAUUUUUUUAGUUGUUAUGACAUUACCAUAUGUUAUACAACGAUUUUAUACACUUAGCACCCUCGUAAUCAAAGACAGUGUGAUACGUAAAUCAAUUGAAGAACUUAUCGGAGCUGUUACUUUUUCACUUUUUUAUCUUAAUUUUUCAGGUUCUUUCUAUUUAUUUUUAAUAUCAUCAGCAAGAUUUCGUCGACAAGUUAAACAUGUUCUCAUAAACAAAUGUUGGCGAACGUAUUGUAAAAAGACAACACGUCAUAACCAAGUUGCAGCAGUAACUCAAUGGUCCAGUAGUGAAUAUGAUUUAAGAUCAGUUCAAUAG